CUCCUACUGAGGCACUCUUUCUCUCUCUCUCUUUGUGUGCGUGUGUGUGUGUGUGUUUGUGUCGGAGGCACUGCAUUGGCCAUUCUCGGCGCAGCCCCUCCUGCUCCUUUUUGGCUCGAGGCAGACAGGUCGAUCAUGUGGAGAUGAGAGCGGCAGGAGGGAAGCGUGAGGGAGAAGCGCGAAUACGGAUUGCUCUCCCACGAAAACGAAGGAGGAGAAAAAAAACAAAAGGAGAAAGGAAGAAGCAAAUGCGGACACUUCAUGUGUUUACCCUUCCGUUGAAAAACUAAAGAGGGAAUUCCUCCGCCCUCCAUUACCUGUUAUAUAAAAGGAAAAACAGGAGAUUGUGAAAAGGAAGGGAGAAGAAGUAGAAGGAAAGGAAGAUGGAUAGAAGAAAGAGAAAUUAAUCGUCCGAGAAUUAUUUGUAAUCGAGAGAGAGGGAGAGGAUGGGUUAUUGAUUUCUUGGUCCGAUCAUCCAACUGCUGGUUCUGUCGAUCAACCUUUUCUCAAUUCACUUUUUGUUCGAUUUAAUUUGUACAUUAGAGGGGAGAAUCGUGGUAGAAUUCCGACCGCCCCGUCCCUCUUUCUUCUUCGGUGUUUUCUCAUACUCGGGUGCGUUUUACAUUUACUCGUACACAGCUUUAUAGGCUCGCUCGAUUUUGGGGAGGGGAGCUUCUCGAUGGUUUUUUUUUUCUUUUUCCCUUGUAUUUCUUGUAAACCAAAAUUUUCCAUUUUUCGAUGUUUUUGGGGAUUUGAUGACUUGAUUUGGUUUACGAUAUUUUGAAAUUCAACGUUUACUGUCAAAGGUUCUUGUGAUCAUCACUGGUGCUUCUAAGUCGAUUUGCAGUUAUGUUCUCUCUACCAUUGCCUUGUGAACGAUCGCAGUGGCUCUUAACAAUGUGAGAGUUCACUUUACAUAAAAUUUAAUGGUUACACAAACACAGGUGCUUUUCACCUUUUAUUGCACUUUUUCUCUUAACUGUGUUUCCAAGCGUUCUUGCUUCUCUUUUUCUCGUUAUCUCCGUUACACUCUGUAAGCUAUGUCAUUGAAAAGCUUUGUAUCGAUUGAAUAUUUUUUUUGUGUCAAUUGAAUAUUUUUUUGUGUCAUAUACUAGUUGGUAGCUAUAAACAUCAAGGCCGGGGAGAAAGCCCUCUCUCUGACAGUGAACCUCUUGAUUAAGAACUGUUGGAAUGCACUUCCAGUCUUUAUGAAAUUAAUGUUCUAGUUGUUGUAUCUAAAAAGCAGUAAGUACAUCUAUAUGUAUUUAUUAAAAUAAACUAUUCAAAUAAGCUAUCUAAAUAUUUGUGCUACUUUAUUUUUUCCAAGUCUUAAUGGUCUUACAUUUUGAAGUCUGAUCACAUGAAGCCUGUAUGUGAAGAAUGGGGAGGGUUGCAGAACAUUGAAGUAGAGACUCCUAUUGGGCUUAUUCUAGGAUGCUCUUCAUCCUACGUGGUGUCACUCCUAUUGCAAAUAGCUUGUAAGAAGACAACUUCUUCACAUUGAAGAAAAGCAUUGAAACAAACAGAGAAGACUUGAUGUGGCUGCAGUAGAGGGGCUGCAGAAAUCUAACGGUCCCGUUUUUUGAAGGAUUUCAUCACCUAGCCACUUUGGGAGUUCCUUCAGUCGACAAUGAAGAUCAAAGAAAAAAAAUCUGGGAUACUUACAAACUUUGAAGUCCUUGAGCAUCUAAGAUCUAGAGGGGCAACACCGGAUCCUUUUGGCUCAUUGAGUAUGGCAAGACGGUCAGAAUGCAAGGUGUUUGAUUAUUUGGCUCAAACAUCUGCAGCAACUCAAACUAGAGAAAGAAUAAGUGAAUUCUUGCAGCGGUCAGAAAAAUACAAGCUCACAAAUGCUGAGAAGGUUCAAGUCAUAAAUUUAAGCCCUUCCAGGCCUGUCGAACUUGAUGGGAUCGUGCCAGAGGUUGAAAACAGAAUGACUGAUGAUGAAGUAAAUGAGUUUCUGAACUUGGUGGUUGAACUUUUGCCACCUUGUCCCAGCAAAUCCGGUUCUGAAGAUCCAACCGAAGAAGAUCAAGAAGCACAAUAAUCAACAGUUCACUGGCACUAACUUUUCCUGCCCAUCCUUCCAGAUUUUCUACAGAAAUUCCUGGCUUGCUUGGUUGAAAGUACGGAUGCAUAUGGAUAGUUGUACAGAGUUGGUUCAUUGAUUGCAUGUUGAGAACUUAAGAAAAUAUCUAGGUGUUGUUUGGUAACUUUGGUUGGUUACACACUUCAAGUAGCGUGCGUGUGUAUGUGUGUGUGAGUACGUGGGGGAGAGACGGCAACCUAUUUAUGUUUGGUUUGUCCAAAUUGACAUUGCAAGAGGGAAAAUAAAUGGCUCAUGUGGACUUUUGAAAGUUCUUUUGUUUCCUGAUUCUGUAAUGUCUGUUGGUAGGACACAAACUCAACCAAACAUGAUAAUUUUGUGAGAGGCAGUAUCUUCCAGGAUCAUUGUUGAAAACUUGUCUAUAAGCGUGUUGGGUAUGAAUAAAAAUGCUCCAUUUCUGAAGAAACAGCUGAAGUC